CAACCGCCCAGUUUUGCGAUAAACGGAAUCGAUGUAUAAAGAGUACUCGAUUUGAUGGAUUUCCCAUCUUUCACCCCCUCUUCCUAAUUACUUCAUGCCUCCUUCUCUACGCCUAAUUAGAAUCCGUUAAUCAUAAUAAUUGAAGUGAAAAAGGUUAGUCGUCAUCACCAAAAUUUCUCUGGGUAGGUGCGUGACAUACAUAAGUCAGACCCCUACAACCAACUCUCUCUCUCUCUCUCUUUCUCUCUCCCUCGGCGGCGUCUAUAUGGUACGCACCGCCGCACUGAUGUCGAAAAUGAGGGACAGCGGCGAGAUGGCAUACGGAAUGGGAGGGCCUUACAGACAUUUCACGGACACGAUCCUGAGACCGUUGCUGGCGGCUGUCACCCUGCAGGCCCGCUCUUCCCUCGCCGUCUUCUUUCUCACGCUUCUCUGCGUCGGCGCGUUCAUCUCCACGCGCUUUCUUGACUCCACUCUCAACUCCGCUACUGGUAGUAGAAAAUCCUCGGAGAAGUCAAUGUUAACUUUCACGACAUAUUCCAAUGACACCCACAACACACCAAAAAUGCCUCAAACAAUAGAAAUCCCACUGGAUUGCUCACUUGAAAAUCCUACGGAAAGCUGCCCUCCAAAUUAUUACCCAUCAAAGCUGCCCACAGAAAUCCAAGACUCCCAAACAACACCUCCAUCAUCAUGCCCCGAAUAUUUCCGUUGGAUCUAUGACGACUUGUGGGCGUGGAGGGAGACUGGAAUAACCAGAGAAAUGGUGAUGAGGGCCAGGAGAACUGCCAACUUCCGGCUGGUCAUAGUGAAUGGGAUUGCUUACUAUCAGAGAUACCGCAAGUCAUUUCAAAGUAGAGACACUUUUACCUUAUGGGGCAUUCUACAACUGUUAAGAAGGUAUCCUGGAAAAGUGCCCGAUUUGGACCUAAUGUUUGACAAUGUUGAUUGGCCCGUCGUCAAGAAGAGACGUUUUCCAGGUCCAAAUAACACAGCCCCACCUCCACUGUUCCGAUACUGCGGGGACGACACUACUUGGGAUAUUGUCUUUCCUGAUUGGUCCUUCUGGGGAUGGCCUGAAAUCAAUAUUAAGCCAUGGGAGGUUUUAUCAAAGGAGUUGGAGCAAGGGAAUAGAAAGAUCAGUUGGGUGGAGAGAGAACCAUAUGCAUACUGGAAAGGAAACCCUGAAGUUGCAGAAACCAGAAAGGAUUUGCUCAAAUGUAACAUCUCCGAGAAGCACGAUUGGGGUGCUCGUGUGUACGCCCAGGACUGGAUCCAAGAACAAAAACAAGGUUACCAACAGUCCAACCUAGCUGACCAGUGCAUUCACCGAUACAAGAUUUACAUUGAAGGAUCAGCAUGGUCUGUUAGUGAGAAAUACAUAUUGGCAUGUGAUUCUGUAACUUUACUAGUAAAACCACAUUACUAUGAUUUCUACACCAGAGGUUUGAUGCCAUUGAAGCACUACUGGCCAAUUAGGGAUGAUGACAAAUGCAGGUCUAUUAAGCAUGCCGUUGAAUGGGGCAAUAGUCAUUUGCAAAAGGCACAAGAGAUUGGAAAGGAAGGAAGCAAAUAUGUUCAGGAAGAACUGAAGAUGGAAUACGUGUAUGACUACAUGUUCCAUCUGUUGAAUGAGUAUGCGAAGCUCUUGAAGUACAAACCAACAAAGCCUCAAGAUGCGGUUGAACUUUGUUCAGAGAGGAUGGCUUGCGGAGCGACAGGAUUGGAGAAGGAAUUCAUGUUGGAGUCCCUGGUGAAAGGUGCAUCAAUCACACCACCCUGCACAAUGCCACCUCCCUUUGAUCCAGCAAGUCUCCACACUGUUGUGAAAUCCAGAGAAAACACAAUAAAACAAGUGGAGUCAUGGGAAGACCUUUUCUGGCAACAUUAAACCCCGGAUGACAUAAACAUGAACCAUACGUGAUAUAUAGAUACAGAGUAUACAUAUAUAUACGCAUGCUUACUAUGAGUUUCUGUUUUUCUAGCUUUAUCCCACUGUACAUCUAACAAUGUCAGAUGAAUCAACAUAACAGUUUUUUCUUAUUUAGUUUCAGAGAAUGCUAGAGUUGUGAGUCAUCAUCUAUGGCGGCUGUAACAUACAUUGUGUAAAUGGCAGCAAAAAGCCUGCAGGGAUACAAUCAAAAUAUGAACUUAUCAAAAACUGAUCAAACGUGUAGAAUUGUUGACGUGCACUUUGUCGUGG